AUGAUUCACAAUAAACAUUAUCAAGAGGACGUGAAAUACGUCGUCGAGCAAAGUCAUGUUGUACUUCGCAUGCUCGGUAUUUGGCCAUUGACCGAUAGACGACCAAACACGAUCGAGAAAGUUACAAAUAUCUUUUUCAUGAUUAUUUGCUAUCUUCUUCUCCAUUGCGAUAUGGUACCGGGUGUUUUGUAUUACAUAUUUAUCGAUAAUGGAGCGCGCGAACAGAUGAAGAUGAUGCCACCGAUCCUGUACUCAAUUAUGGCGAUCGCCAAGUACAGUAACUUGAUUGUCCACGAGUCGAAUAUCAGACGUUGUCUGCGACACAUCGAGGAAGAUUGGAGGACGUUAAUUAUCAGCGAUGCGCGAGAAGUGAUGCUGGAUAAAGCCAAUACCGGAAGACGAUUAUUUACCUUGUGUUGCACGUUCAUGUAUUGUGGCGGACUCUCUUACAACACGAUAGUGCCGCUAUCAAGAGGAAGUAUCGUUAUCGAUCAAAACAUUACGAUCAGACCGCUCUCCUGCCCCGGUUAUUAUGUUUUUUUCAAUCCGCAAAAUAGUCCCGCCUACGAAAUUGUGUUUCUUCUGCAGUGCCUCUGCGGUUUCGUCAUGUACACGAUCACGGUGGCAAUUUGCGGUCUCGCCGCGGUCUUCGUGAUGCAUGCGUGCGCGCAGAUGGAGAUUCUGACGCGUUUGAUGGAGAAUCUUGUCAACGAGAAUGAUUUUGGACAGAGGAACGUCGUUGUUAAACUGGCAGUCGUAAUUGAACAUCAGAUAAGGAUACGAAAUUUCUUACAACUGGUGGAGAAUAUUUUGCGCUAUAGUAGCUUAGUCGAAAUAUUGGGGUGUACCACGAUCAUAUGUCUUACGGGAUAUUGUAUAAUAGGGGCAGAAGAAAUAAGCUGGACUUCUUGCACGCUCGACUGGUAUCGUCUUCCGACAAGUAUGACGCGAGAUAUGGUAUUAGUGAUAGCUUUUUCGAAUGUUUUGCCACGAAUUACCGCUGGAAAAUUCAUUGAUCUGUCUUUUAAAACAUUCGGUGAUGUAAUUAAAUCUGCUGUAAUCUAUUUGAACAUGCUUCGACAACUAACUGAAUAA